UUGAUGACGUCAAUUGUGCGACUUAAGUCAUGCCUUCCUGCAGUUGUAUUUAGCCAUGAAGUGUUGAAGUUGUAAAGAACCUGAAUUAGUUUUUCAAACGGGAUAUUGUGAGUCUCAUUUAUAUUUUCAUAAUUCAAAUUUUAAUGCUCUGUAGCGCUAAGGAGAGCGUCUCAGUUGGCUUUAAAUAACUACUGACAUUUAGAGACAGAAAGGUUAGCUGGCUAGUCUCAUUUCUAGGUUAUUGAUUCAUGUUCCCAGCUGCUGGGUCAGGUUUGUGGUUAGUUGGGUUGGGGAAAAUAAAGGGGUAUAGCUUUAUUUACAAAUGAGAAGCUGAGUAAGAAGUAUUUUUACGUUAGUUUCUCAUAAGCCCAGAGAUUAAACAUCCCAGCAUGAGUUCCACCUUGAUAUUAAAAGCCAGAAUAUGUCAGAAGUCCUUACAGCCUUUCAUCCACCAAGCACGUCCAGCUGUCUUCACACUGUCUAAGUCCUCACAGCUGCCUCCCUCAGCACGCUUUCUGUGCACCAGAGACCCCAACCAGACGGACAGAAAGACCAGAGGACAGACUGAUGGACAGUCUGGAAUUAAAAACAGUGCCAUCAGACAGGAGAAAGGGAGAUUAUGGGAUGAUGCUGUAGAUGGAAGAGGUAAGAGCUCCACCUUUCGGCAGAGGACUUCCUUCCCCAAGUCUGUGUUUGCUGCUGGAACAGCAAAGAGGACGGCAGAGAUGCUGAAGAGGAAAGCAUCUGUGGCGUCUGAGGAAGAGGACGAGGACAAGCCAGAGCAGAGGACAACUAGAGGAGAAGGAAGGAUGCAGCCUCCUGACAGACCACUCCCGCCUGCUGAGUGGAAGAAGCUGAAGGAGUCUCUGGGAAAUCCACAGCGAUUUGACACCCAGAUGAUGAGCGCACUGUUCCACUCUGAGGAAGCGCUGGAUAUCGCAAAGUCCCUGCUUACUUUUGUUGCCAUGGAAACGGGCACACUGUCUUACAAGCUGUUGCUACGGUAUCUGACACUCUGUGUGCGCGGAGGCCAUGACAACGAGGUGUUCGAUGUCUAUCAGAUCAUGCAGGAAAAUUUCCCAGUUCUGGACACAGGAGCCUGUAGUCUGUUUAUCAAGUCCUUCAGCCGGACGGAGAGGUGGAGGGAGGCGAUCAGCAUCCUGCAGGAGGUGAAGAAGGUUUUUUCCCCAUCACCACGUAACUACAGCGACAUCAUCUCAGCGGCAGUGCAGCACGGUGAUGUGAACACUGCCUGGGCUCUCUAUGAUGAGUUAAUCGAAAAGGGACUGAGCCCACACUGGGACACCUGGGAUGUUCUGUUUAAGGGGGAGAGGAAGAGUAAGGAGGAAGGAGAGGCCAUGUCUCAGACUGAACAGCAGGAGAGGCUGUUGGGGAUUCUCCUGUACAUGAGGAACAACCAGAUCUACCCCCCGUACAGCCUCACCAGCAGCAUCAAAGCCUGGUUUGAGAGUGUCACAGGACAGAACUGGACAGGAAGCUGGACCAACGCCUCGCCAAAGGGAGUGUGUAGGUGCUGUGGGUCAAAGUUAGAAUCCAUCCAGCUGACUGCUGAGGAGUACCAACAACUGAGAGACCGAGUGAUGAGUGACAUCAUUGAGGGACGAGAUGUUUUCAAUAAGACCACUCCAGAGGAAUUGGAGCAGUUCAAGGUGUUUGUGAAGAGAAAGCCAGCGUUUGAUGUGGUCAUUGACGGGUUGAACGUAGCAAAUGUCAACAAGGACAGAAGCAAGCAGUCAGAGACGUUGUUGGCGGUGGUGUCGGAGCUGGAGCGUCAGGGCCUGACUAUUCUGGUGCUGGGGAGGAAACACAUGCUGCGGCCCUCCAGAUCCUGGGACAAACACAACAUGAACCUGAUCCAGCAGAAAGCCCACUGCUUCUUCACUGACAACAUUUCAGAGGAUGACCCCUUCCUGCUUUAUGCCACGUUGCAUUCUGGGAACCACUGUCGCUUUGUGAGCCGGGAUCUGAUGAGGGACCACAAGGCCUGCCUGCCAGACGGAGCCACCAGACGGCUCUUCUUCAAGUGGCAGAGGGGCCAUCAGCUGGUAGUGGACGGAUACGUCGUAGCUGGCAGGAGGGUCCGAUUUCAGAGUAUUCCCAGCUACGACACCAUUAUUCAGACUGAAGGAGACUCGUGGCACAUUCCCUACGACGACACGGAGGACAGGAGCACCUAUGAAGUACCACAGCAAUGGCUGUGUCUUACCAAAAAGCACUGAAAUCACACUUAGUUCACAGUGCCAUGUUUUUAAUCAAAAUGCUUUGAAUGUAGCUGUGGAUCUAUAAAUAAAUCCGUUCCAACUUUU